CGAGCGAGGGCGGAGAGUGGCGCGGGCCGGCGGCCGCGGCCGAGCCAUGCGCUCCCUGCCGGCGCUCUGUUUGCUGCUGCUGGCGGGCUGGGCGCGGGCCUACUUCGUGGUGGUGCCCGCCUCCACGCCGGUCGGCGCGGUGAUCUUCGAGAGCGGGCUGAGCGGCGCCCGCCACUACCGGAUCGACCCGAACAGGACGCCGUCAUACGUGCAGCGGCUGGUGUCUGUGGCGCCGCGCACCGGCCAGCUGUUGGUGAAGCGGCCGAUCCGGUGCGACGGUCUAUUCUUUCCCAACCCGUUCCUGCUGCACGUGGACUCGUGGACGGACGCGCCGCACCACGUGGACUAUGCGUCGAUGGCGGUGCGCGUGUAUGUGGUGGGCGCCGAGUGCGCCGACAACCGCCGCCAGGUGGUGGAGGAGUUCCUCAGCCACGGAUCGCGCAGCGCCGUGUCCGUGGCGCUGCCGGCGACCGGCGCGGAGAACCAGAUCUGCCUGCGGCGCGGUCAGUUCGUGGUGCGCUUCCGCGACCUGCUGCCGGUGUCAGCGCGCCACUGCCGACUCAGCUUCCAGCGCGUCUCCGACCCGCGCUUCGCCAUCGAGCGGCAGGGCGAGGACGUCGUGUCGGUGAAGGACCAGUGCAUCCGCCAGCCGCUGUGGCGCGUGGUGGUGUACUUCAAGCUCGACUGCGCCGACCCCGAGCAGGAGUCGCACGCGCACACGCUCAUGGUGCUCUUCCACCGGUACGUGGCCGAGCGGGGCGACAUGCUGACGCGCAUCCGCCGCGAGAUGGCCAACCAGAGCCCGUUCUUCGACCGGCCCUCGUACGUGGUGUCGGUGCCGGAGGGCCGCGACCGGGGCUACCUGGUCACCACGCUGGCCGCCAAGGACCCGGAGGACGGCCCGCUUACCUACUCGAUGGUAGCCGUGCUGGAUUCGCGCUCGCAGGGCAUGUUCAGCAUGGACGCCGGCACGGGCACGGUGACGACGCUCGCGGAGCUGGACCGCGAGUACAUGCCGACCCACUACUUCAAGGUGACGGUGGCCGACAGCGCCAAGCCCCCGCGCACGGGCACCACCACGCUGCAGGUGACCGUGGAGGACGCCAACGACCACACGCCCGCCUUCGAGCAGGAAGACUACGAGACGUCCGUGCGCGAGUCGACCAGCAUCGGCUCCACCAUCCUCACCGUGCGCGCGACCGACGCCGACCUCGGCGACAACGCCGCCAUCACCUACUCGAUCCUGAACCCGCAGGGCGCCAACGAGGCGUUCCGCAUCGAUGGCCAGACGGGCAUCAUCAGCACGCGCCUGCCGCUGGACCGGGAGGAGCACGAGUCGUACCAGCUGACGGUGCAGGCGACGGACCAGGCGCUGCCGACGGCGCGCCGCUCGGCCUCCGCCAGCGUGGUCAUCAACGUGCUGGACGACAACGACAACUACCCGCAGUUCAGCGAGAAGUCGUACAGCGUCAGCGUGCCCGAGGACCUCGACUGGAGCGGCAACCCGGUCAUCAUCCAGAUCAGGGCGACGGACCGUGACGCUGGGGAGAAUGCGGCCAUACGGUACGCCCUCAUCGGAGGCAACACCCAGGGACACUUCACCAUCGAUACGUUGACUGGCCACGUGUCCGUCGUACGCGCUCUGGACUUCGAGACCAUCAGAAACUACCGGCUCGUCAUCAGGGCCCAGGACGGCGGCUCGCCAAGCCGCUCCAACACGACGAACCUGCUGGUGACGGUGCAGGACGUCAACGACAACAGCCCGCGCUUCUACUCGGCCCACCCCCUGUCGCUGUCGCUGCAGGAGAACGUGCAGCAGGGAUUCACCAUCGUGCGCGUGCAGGCGUACGACGCUGACGACGGCAACAACGCCAAGAUCGGCUACACGCUGCGCGGCGACGACGUGGAGACGAUGCCGUUCGGCGUGGAGGAGAGCACCGGCUGGCUGCGCACCACGCGCCCCAUCGACCGCGAGGAGAAGCACGACUACCGUUUCGAGGUGGUGGCCACGGACCGCGGCGAGCCGCCGCGGUCCGCCUCCGCCACCGUCAUCAUCACCAUCCAGGACCAGAACGACAACGACCCCGUGUUCGACCCCAAGGUGUACGAGACGUCGCUGUCGGAGACGGCGCCGCCCGGCACGCCGGUGAUGACCAUCAAGGCGGACGACCCGGACGAGAGCUCGCAACUGCACUACGAGAUCACGCAGGGCAACGAGCGCGGCCGCUUCAGCAUCAGCUCGCAGAACGGCGCCGGGCUCAUCUCGCUGACGCAGCCGCUCGACUUCAAGGUGGAGCGGCGCUACGUGCUCAAGGUGUCGGCGACGGACACCGGCGGCCGCUCCGACUCGGCCAGCGUCUACAUCAACAUCACUGACGCCAACACGCACCCGCCGGAGUUCCAGGGCACGCCGUACAGCGCCACCGUGUACGAGGAUGCGCCAGUCGGCUCGCUCGUGCUCGGCGUGUCGGCCAGCGACCUGGACUCGGGCGAGAACGCGCGCAUCACGUACGCGCUCACCGGCGAGCCAGUGGCCGAGUUUGCCAUAAACCCCACCACCGGCGAGAUCGUGACCACGCAGCUGCUGGACCGCGAGCGCAAGAGCGGCUACCUGCUCACGGUAUCGGCGCGCGACAACGGCGCACCGCCCAUGUCCGACACGACCGACGUCGAGGUGCUCGUGACCGACGUCAACGACAAUGCGCCUGCGUUCGGCCCGUCGAGUUAUCAGGCGUCCAUCAGCGAGGCGGAGGGCGUGGGCACGAGCGUGCUGACGCUGCGCGCGACCGACGCCGACCAGGGCCUGAACGGCCGCAUCCGCUACACGUUCGCCGAGGGCGGCGACGGCGACGGCGCCUUCUCCAUCGACGCCGCGUCGGGCAUCGUGCGCACGAGCAGGAAGCUCGACCGCGAGCAGGUGGCGCAGUACGAGCUGGUCGCACUGGCCGUCGACCGCGGCUCGCCGGCUAUGACCACGUCGAUCGCGGUCACCGUCGACGUCGACGACGUCAACGACUCGCCGCCGGUGUUCGACGAGGGCCCAUUGCGGCUGUUCGUGCUGGAGAACUCGCCGGUCGGCUCGUCCGUGGGCAAGAUCCGCGCGCACGACCCCGACGCCGGCGCCAACGCCUUUAUCGAGUACUCGAUGGUGGAGACGGAGGACUCUGACGGGUUCGAGCUGCGCUCCGAACCGAUGGCGCAGGAGGCGGAGCUCUUCACGCGCCGCGAGCUCGACUACGAGUCCGAGCCCAAGGUAUUCACGCUGGUGGUGCUGGCCCAGUCGCCUCCCCUGCAGAGCUACGUCACGGUGGAGGUCAAUGUUCAGGAUGUGAACGACAAUGCGCCGACGCUCAGUGACUUUAAGAUCAUCUUCAACAACUACAAGAACUUUUUCCCGAUCGGACCCAUCGGUCAGGUGCCAGCGGUGGAUCUGGAUGCCACGGACCAGCUGAUUUACACCGUGAGAUCGGGCAACAACGCGAACCUGUUGCUGAUCAACAGCACAACGGGAGACAUCACGCUCUCCCCCAGCCUCAACACCAAUGUGCCGAUCACGGCCGCCAUGGAGGUCUCCGUCACAGACGGCCUGAACGAGGUGUCGGCGGAGCUGGAGCUGCAGGUGCGCUUGGUAACGGACGACAUGCUCUUCAACUCGGUCACCCUCCGGUUGGGCGAGAUGACGUCGCAGGCCUUCCUCAGCCCGCAGAUCUUCUCCCUAUUCAAGGACGGACUGUCGGCCGUUCUGUCCGUGCACAAGGAGCAGAUCGUCGUCUUCAACGUGCAGGACGACACCGAGGUGAAGGAGCGCAUCUUGAACGUCAGCUUCUCGGCGCUGGCGUCCGAUGGCGGCGGCGGCUUCAUCAGCCAGCAGCACAUCCAGGAGCGCGUCUACCUCAACAGGGCCGUGCUGGCUAAGCUGGCCGCCGUUCAGGUGCUGCCGUUCGACGACAACCUCUGCGUGCGCGAGCCGUGCCUCAACUUCGACAAGUGUCUGACGGUGCUCAAGUUCGGCAACGCCACUGGCUUCAUCCACAGCCAGAGCAUCCUCUUCCGGCCCAUCUACCCCGUCAGCACCUUCGCCUGCCGCUGCCCGGCGGGAUUCGCCGGGAUGCGCGAGUUCUACGAGUGCGACGCCGAAGUGAACCUGUGCUACAGCCAGCCGUGCCAGAACGGCGGCACGUGUCGCCGACGCGAAGGCGGCUACACGUGCGUUUGCCCGCUGGGAUAUGCCGGUGAGUGCGACAGCGCGCGGGAGAUAUUGGAAAACUCGAGCCUAACGGAACACGCCGCCCCGCAGGUGCUGCCGUUCGACGACAACCUCUGCGUGCGCGAGCCGUGCCUCAACUUCGACAAGUGUCUGACGGUGCUCAAGUUCGGCAACGCCACUGGCUUCAUCCACAGCCAGAGCAUCCUCUUCCGGCCCAUCUACCCCGUCAGCACCUUCGCCUGCCGCUGCCCGGCGGGAUUCGCCGGGAUGCGCGAGUUCUACGAGUGCGACGCCGAGGUGAACCUGUGCUACAGCCAGCCGUGCCAGAACGGCGGCACGUGUCGCCGACGCGAAGGCGGCUACACGUGCGUUUGCCCGCUGGGAUAUGCCGGCGAGAGCUGCCAGUUUGACAUGCGGCUCGGGUCGUGCCCGGCGCCGGCCGCCGAGCCGGGCGGCUCUGUGUGCCGCGGCGGCUCCGUCUGCGCAGACCUCCGGCGCGGCGGGUUCCUCUGCGACAACUGCACCACCUCGCCGUACCACACCAGCUUCUGCGAGCUCACCGCCCGCGGCUUUUCCACCGGCAGCUUCCUCACCUUCCCGGCGCUGAAGCAGCGACACCGGCUCAAUAUCAAGCUCAAGUUCGCCACACGCUCCCGCAACGGCCUGCUGCUCUACAACGGCCGCUACAACGAGCGGCACGACUUCAUAGCGCUCGAGGUGGUGGACGGCGACGUGCGCUUCUCCUUCAGCGUCGGCAACGGCGCCACCCACGUCACGGGCCGCGUGGAGGGGGGCGUCAGCGACGGCGGCUGGCACCAGGUCGAGGUCAACUACCACAACCGGACGGCCACCAUCGUCAUGGACGGCUGCGACAGAGGCCUGGCGCUGAAGUCGGCGCCCGGCCUGGCCGACUACCGCUGCGCCAACCGCACCACCAUGCAGCUGGAGCACAGGUGCGCUCACCUCAAGGAGUGGUGCCAGCGGUUCGUGGACCUGACGGGUCCGCUGCAGAUCGGCGGCCUGCCGUCGCUGCCUACCAAGUUCCAGGUCCGCUCACAGCACUUCACUGGCUGCAUCCGCGACCUCUUCAUCGACUACAAGCUGCUGGACCUCAACCGGUACGUGGCCAAUAACAACACGGUGGCCGGCUGUUCGGAGAAGCAGGAGUUCUGCAUGUCCAGGCCCUGCCAGAACGGUGGCACGUGCACAGAGGGCUGGGGCACCUACGUCUGCCGCUGCCCGGACGGCUACGGCGGCAAAGACUGCGGAGAGACAACCGAGCUACCGCGGCGUCUGCAGGGUGAUGGUUACGUGGCGUACGUCGGUCGCAUCGAGGCCGUGGAGAUGCCCUGGUUCAGCAGCCUCUCGUUCCGCACGCGCGCGCCGGACGGCCUGCUGAUGAGGCUCAGCUUUGGCGGCGGACUCAUUACCCGCCUGCUGAUCCGUUCCGGGUAUAUCGAGUACCAUUAUCACUCGGAGGUGCUUGUCCUGGACACUGUGCAAGUUAGUGACGGUCGCUGGCACCACGUACAGAUCAAGUGGAUGAAGGACGAGGUCUGGAUCAAUCUCGACUACGGCAACCACGAGCUGACCCGGCCUGGGGACGCCCAGCUCGCCGGCCUGUACGUGGACGAGGUCACAGUCGGAGGCGCCCCCGGCGAGGACAGCGACGUGGCCGGCUUUACGGGCUGUCUCAGGGACGUGCGCGUCGGCAACACCCCGAACUCGACCCUGUUCAUCGAGGACGACAGCCGAGCCAUCAGCGGCUGCUCGCUCACGAGCCGGUGCGAGUCGGCCACGUGUCCCGAGCACAGCACGUGCCUCGACACGUGGGCCCACCACGAGUGUGUGUGUCAACCAGGUUUCGUGGGAAAGCAGUGUCAGCACGUGUGCCAGCUGCAGCCGUGCCAAAACAACGCCACGUGCAGCAUGGACGCGAGCGACCCGCGGGGCUACCAGUGUCGCUGCACCUCCGAGCUGACCUACGGUCCGUACUGUGAGUCGGAGAUCGCGCAGCCGUGCCCUAGCAAGUGGUGGGGUUACCCGGUGUGCGGCCCCUGUGACUGUGACACCGAGAAGGGCUACGACAGCGACUGCCACAAGAAGACCGGCCAGUGUCGGUGCAAGGCGAACCACUUCCGUCCGCCGGGCUCGGACACGUGCUACCCGUGUGGCUGCUACGGCACGGGCAGCGCCGGCCGCGCCUGCGACCCGCUCACCGGCCAGUGCCCCUGCAAGAACGGUGUCAUCGGCCGCCGCUGCGACGCCUGCAGCCAUCCGUUCGCAGAGGUGACGAGCCGGGGCUGCGAGGUCGUGUACACCGGCUGCCCGCGCAUGCACGUGGCCGGCGUUCUUUGGGAGCAGACCGAGUUCGACAAGACGGCCGUGCAGGAGUGCCCCGAGGGCGCCGAGGGUCAGGCUCGCCGCGCCUGCGACCGCGAGACGGGCUGGGCCGAGCCAGACCUCAGCGAGUGCCUCAGCGUCGGGCUCAAGCAGCAGGAGUACCUGGUGGGGAGUCUGAUGGCGAGCGAGCUCAGCUUCACCCCGUUCCUCUCCGUGUCGACGGCCGCCGACCUGCUAGCCGCCGCUCGCUCAACCGACAACCUCUAUGCCACCGACAUCUACUACAUCUACAAGCUGGUGCGCCUGCUGCUGCAGUACGAGAACAACGAGGCCGGCCUCAACCUGUCCCACCGGCAGGACAAGAACUUCAUACCGAAUAUUCUCGGUGCCACGAGUAUAAUUCUUCAGCCCAAAUAUAAGCGGCACUGGGAGAAAAUUCACAGCCAACUGAAGGAAGGUGCCAGCAACCUCCUUCAAGACUUCGACCAGUAUGCGUACACGCUGGUGAAGACGCAGCGAGACACGUUCACGGAUCCUAUGGAGAUUGCUACGGACAACGUCGUGCUGGGUCUGGACACGGUCAGCUGGCGGGAGCUGCACGGCUCGGCAUCUGAUGGUCGGGUGGACCUGCCGGAGCAGCUCGCCUUCCUCGAGCGCAGCCCGGCGCCCGGGAUGGGCUCGGCCGUCGUGCUGCCCAAGCACAAUAACUACCCGCGCAGCCGCGUCACCUGGGACGACCACAACGCCGUGCUGCUGCCGCUCUCGCUGCUCGGCAUCGACGCGCUCGGGCCGGGCGAGACUGCCGUCAACACGGCCGACGGCGUGCUGCGCGGCGACACGGCAGUGCCGGUGCGGCUGCAGCUGCGCACCGAUCGACUCUCGGCCAAGAGCAACCCGCAGUGUGUGCGCUGGCAGCACAACGUCGACGGCUCGGGCUACUGGACCCGCCAGGGCUGCAAGACCGAGUACAUGGAGCCGUGGCAGUACCAGGGCAACUUCACCUACGUCAACUGCACCUGCUCCCACCUCUCCAGCUUCGCCGUGCUCAUGGAUGACCCAUCCGCCGAGUUCCUGAUCGAGACGUCACCAGCGGAGAACAUCGUCACAUACAUCGGCCUGCUGGCCUCGAUCGUGUUGCUGCUGCUAAGCUUCCUCAUUUUCUGCCUGCUGCGCGGCGGCCUGCAGACAAACUCAAACAGCAUUCACAAGAACCUGGCCUUCUGCCUGUUCGCCGCCCAGCUCAUCUUCCUCACGGCGCUCAAGCUGCGCCAGCUGCUGAUCGUACAGGAGUUCCCGUGCAAGAUGGUGGCCAUCCUGCUGCACUACUUGUGGUUGUCGGCCUUCUGCUGGCUGCUGCUCGAGUCGGUACACGUGCACCGUAUGCUGACCGAGAUGCGGGACGUGAACCACGGCACCAUGCGCUUUUACUACUCCCUCGGCUACGGCGUGCCGGCCAUCAUCGUCGGUCUGGCCGUCGGGGUGCGCGCAGACCAGUACGGCAACAUCUACUUUUGCUGGCUGUCGAUCCACGAGUCGGUCAUCUGGGCCAUGGUCGGUCCCGUCUUCGUCCUGGUCACCGCCACGCUGGUCAACUUUGUCCUCGCCAUCCGAGCCUCGCUGUCUCUCAAGGACCACGUGGAGGGAUUCGGGAACCUCAGGACGCUUCUCUGGCUGGCCGUGACGCUGCUGCCGCUGAUGGGCGCCGUCUGGGUGCUGGCCGUGCUCUCCGUCAGCGAGGAGAUGGAGGUGCUCAACUACCUGCUGGCCGCCUUCUCACUGCUGCUGGGCCUGUUCGUGCUGCUCGGCUACUGCCUGCUCAACCGGCGCGUGCGCCAGGGCACGAUGCGCAGUCUGGCCCUCUGCUGCGGCCGCAAGCUCGCCUACGACGAGAGCCUUAGCGGCACGCGCACCACCAUGGCGUCGCGCUCGGCGCUCUCCUACCACCACGACGACAUCCUGCGCAGGAACGUCGGCAUCUCCACCUCGUCCACCACCAGCCGCUCCACCUGCAAGACGUCCAGCAGCCCGUACAGCAUGGGCAUCAACGCGCCGAGCACCACCUCCAACAGCCAGCCGGCCUCCAGCCUCAACGACCUUCGGCCGAGCGGUUCGCGGCGCAGCAAAGGCCGCCGCGUCCACCGCUCGCGACGGGAGUCUGACUCGGAGUCGGACGACUCGGUGGCCAGGCGCAGCCUGUCUCUGGCCUCGAGUCACAGCAGCGACGAGGAGGAGAUGGCGAACGGGGCAGCGCCCCAGCUGCGGGUGGAGGAGCGCGGCCACCCCGGCCAGAGCGGACAGCGCCGCGCGCGGCGCGUCUCGUAUGAGCCGAAUAUUCGCGGCUCGCCGCCGCCGCCGGCGCCCGACGACGAGCACAUCUACCAGGAGGCGCUGGGCCUGACCGAGCAGAUGGACAUCCGCUCGCCGGGCUCGUCGGCCUACUGCGCCCCCUGGAGCGCCCGCACGCCCACCGACUACCCCACCUACCCCCGAUACACGCUAGUGGGCAUGGCGGGUCCGCCGGCCGGCCUCUCCUGGAUGUCGCAGACCAUCGGCGACCGGCUCUCUAACACGACGGCGUCCGACACGGAGCUGGCCGGGCCACCGCUGUCGGCGCUGGGCCCGGCUGCUGGCCCCGCCCGGCCGGCCAGCCGCUCCAGUCAGCGUCGGGGCUCCUCGCCGGCGCUGCCC